AUGGACCAGCUACUAGCCGGGGCUCUAGCUCAUGCACAAGACUUUCUCUCUCAUCAAUCCCAGAAUGACCUCAUUAUUGGCUUCGUUGUACUCUCAGUUGCGACAUAUUCCUUGUAUGCAACUGCUGACAGAAUCUACAAACUUCACUUCCAUCCCCUGGCCAAGUUCCCCGGUCCCAAGAAAGCUUGUCUGUCACAAGAAUGGCUGCUUCGUGUUUCUGAGCGAGGAAGUCCUGAAGAAGUAUUCGAAAAGUUGCAUGAGAAAUACAAUUCAAGAGCGAUUCGAAUCGGACCUAACGAGCUACACAUCGAUGAUGUGAAACUGUACAAAGAUAUAUACAACCAAACCUCAACUUACGUCAAACACGACGCGUUCUAUGCCGGUUUCAAUACUCCGCACAGUGUCUUUGCCGAACACGUUCCCAGUCUCCAUAAGGAGCGACGUCGUCGUCUGAACCCAUUCUUUUCCCGCCGUGCUAUUGGGCAGCUGGAAGGUUUACUCAAGGACAAGAUUUACGAGCUCGGAAGACGCAUUGACAGCCAAAAGGGCCCUUACAACAUCUUCAACGCCAUAAGAUGCACCACUGUCGAUAUCAUAUCUCACUACAGUCUCGGAAAGCCAUUUGGGCAGCUUGAGAAGAGCGAUCAAGGGUUCAAUGGUGACUUCCUCAGGACGUUCGACGCGCUCUCUAACGUGCUUUGGAAGUUCAUGUACAAGCCGACUUUUCGAAAGAUCAUCACAAGCAUCCCCCCGCGAAUCGCCAAGGCUGCGAGCAAAGAGACUCGCCUCAUGUUCACGGUCUAUGAUGCGUGUUAUGCGGCUGCGAGCAAUUUCAAGAAAAGUCCGCCUCAGUCUUCCUAUGGCACCAUCCUAUCUAGCCUCUCGGAUCUUGGUGAGCAAGAGAUGGGAGCUGAAGCAUGCGACCUCCUUGUAGCAGGAUCCGACACCACCGCAUAUUCCCUAACAGUAGCUGUCAGUCAAAUCGCCAAAAACACCCGGGUCAGGAAGAGGCUGGCUGGAGAGUUAGACGCUCGUGCCAUUAAUGCAGAGAGCUUGCCGUCCUUGGUGGAGUUGGAACAGAUUGAGUAUCUCAACGCUACAGUCCGUGAGGCCGUACGCUUCGCCAUUGCCUCGCCGGGGAGACUUCCACGAACUGUCCCCCGCGAUGGACCGCCUCUCGUCGUCGAUGGCCAGAUUGUUCCUCCAGGUACUGUCAUUGGCAUGUCAGCUUACACCAUGAACUUCAGCAAGGAGCUCUGGGGCGAAGACGCUCAUACAUUCAACCCCGAUCGUUGGCUUGGUGCUGGUGGGAAGGCUCUGGAUACCAACAUGUGUUCGUUCUCUAAAGGCCUACGGAGCUGUCUUGGACAGAACUUGGCAUAUGCAGAGAUGCACUACAUUCUCGCAUAUCUGUUCAGGAAGUACGAGGUCGACUUGGUUGAUAAAGAGGCCAAGAUGGAAGUAUUUGAUCGGUUUACAAGCUAUGUCAAUAGUCACGCUCUUAUGGUACAUUUGGGACGCCGUGACGCUCAGUAA